GGGAGUAUAAUUAUGUGGUAUAUUUGUUAGACAUCUAAUCUAAUACUCCAUAGAUAAAAGAUAUAUUUGUUCCAAAUUUAAAAGUUAGGCUUUUAUUUGCUUCACACUGAAAUUAGAGAGUAUAUUUGCUCACUCAAAAAAUUAAGUCAUAUUUAUUCCUUCUCUUUGUAUUUUCCAGCACGCGCUCAAAAAUAAUUCUGGUUCCGCCACUGCUCCCAAACACAACCUAAGUACAUAUCGGUGAUUCUCGAGUGCUAAAAAAGUUGAUCAAGUCAUCAUAGAAAUAUUCGUUUUCCCCCCAAUUUGUCUUCCAAAGUUUUUUUUACAUACCAAUUUAGUAAACCGCUCCUUUUUCCCACCAAUUCAGUAAUUUGGCCCCACCACUCUAUGCCGUUGCUAGGCAUUUCCGCCUUUUUGAAUUGGAUAUUUUUUCCGUAUGAAUGGUGCGUAUUUUCUCAGCUAAGAAAGAAUAGUCGAUCCGCAAAGAUCGGGCGAUUGACAAACGGCAUCUUGAACAGCCCCGCUAAUUCCGGGGCAAAAAGCAGGACAGCGUUCCACUGCUUCACGCACAGCUAGCUAGCCAGCACCUACAAGAAUCCUCCCGGCUCGCCUAUAUAAAUCCAUCAAUCCAUCACUGAAUUAUUAUUAUUCAGUUCUUCGGUAGUUUAUUGUGUUAAUUAUCUCCCUCUGAAAAUAUGGCUUCCGCAGAUGUUCAGUACGGGCAGCAGCAGUUCAGGUGCUUCGUCGGUGGAUUGAGCUUUAAUACCGUUGAAGACGACCUGGGAAGGACUUUCGAAAAUUACGGCAAGGUUAUGGAAACCAAGAUUAUCAUGGAUCGUGAAACUGGUAGAUCUAGGGGAUUCGGUUUUGUUACCUUUGAAACCGCAGAUGGGAUGGAGAAGGCGAUCGAGGCUUUGAAUGGCAGGGAUAUUGAUGGCCGUAACGUUACUGUUAACCAGGCACAGGAAAGGUCUCGCGAGAACGGCGGCGGUGGGUCACGCGGUGGCGGAUACGGUCAACGUGAAGGUUAUGGUAAUCGGCGUGAAGGUGGUGGUUACAGAGGCGGUCGUGGUUAUGGAAAUGGCGGCCGUGGCUAUGGAGGUGGUUACAGAGGCAGCGAUGACCGUGGUUACGGAGGCGACGAUAGCCGUGGUUACGGAGGCAGCGACAGAAGUGGCUACGGCGGCGGCGAAAAGCAUGGUUAUGGAGGCGGCCAAAGUGGUGGAUAUGGAGGAGGUGGCUAUAGGAGCGGUGGUGCUCCCGACGGAAACUGGAGGGAUUGACGGAGUUGUUGUUAAUUCCUUGUUUGGCGGUUUACUACUAAUUAAUAUUUCCCUCGCUUUUUGGGCGCUUCAAUCAAUUUCAGAUGGUUAAUUUCUGGUCACUGUUCAAUGUUUUGCGGUUGUUUGUGUACUGUUCGUAUUUGGUCGCUCCUGGUUAUACUGAAAUUUUAUACGGAUGAGAAUAAUAACAUCUCCAUUGCGAAUGAAAUUU